AUGCAACCAAGAUCGAAGGAGAAACCUAGCACAAAUUCGGACCCACACAGAAUCUACGUUGAAGGUUUGCCAAACUCGACAAAUGCCCAUGAUUUACGUGAGUACUUUUACAACUAUGGUGGAGUCAAGGUAGCUUGUUUAUUAAAGAGGCUCGAAGCCAACCAAAGCGGUUUCAUCGUCUUCCAGGACAUGGAAUCCAUAAGGAAGGUGUUUGAGGCCGAACCGAACAAGCUUAGUGGAAGAGCAAUCAAACUUGCGUACUCUGAGUAA